GAUUCCAUGCAAAUUCAUAUUCAACUCCUAUUCCAAUGGCGAAGAGUACUAGAGUUCUUAACAUAGUUUUCUUUAUUUUAUUGAGUAUAGGAAUAUGUUCAGCUGCAAGAACCCUCAUUGGUCUUGAUGUUGGUGUUGGGGUCGGGGUUGGCGUUAAUGUUGGUGGCGGUGGAGGAGGUUCCGGUGGAGGUGGUGGUAGUGGAGUUGUAGCUGGCGACCAUGGUGGUUAUGCCGGUGGAAGUGGUAGUGGUGAAGGUGGUGGUAGCGGAUAUGGUGCUGGAGGAGCACCAGGAGGUGGAUACGGAGGUGGAGGUGGUGGAGGCAGUGGUGGUGGCGGUGGUGCUGCUGCUGGUGGUGGAGCACAUGGUGGGGGUGAAGGAGGUGGAAGUGGUGGCGGAUAUGGUGGUGGAGGUGGCCACGGAGGUGGUGGUGGAGGUGGUUCAGCAUCAGGGGGGGCUGGUGGAGCAUCAGGUGGUGGAUACGGAGGUGGUGAAGGUGCCGGUGGCGGUGCAGGUGGAGCUCAUGGAGGAUCAGGAGGAUAUGGUGGCGGUGGUGGUGGUGGAGCUGGUGGAGGUGGAGCGACUGCCGGUGGAGGACAUAGUGGUGGAUCUGGUGCAGGUGAAGGAGGUGGAAGUGGUGGCGGAUACGGUGCUGGUGGAGCUCCAGGUGGCGGAUAUGGUGGUGGAGGCGGCCACGGAGGUGGUGGUGGAGGUGGUUCAGCAGGCGGAGCUGGAGGAGCAUCAGGUGGCGGAUACGGAGGUGGUGAAGGUUCUGGAGGUGGUGCAGGCGGAGCUCAUGGAGCAGGAGGAUAUGGUGGCGGUGGUGGAGGUGGAGCUGGAGGUGGAGGAGCCUAUGCCGGUGGUGAAGGGGGUGGACAUGCAGGUGGAUAUGGUGGUGGUGAAGGGGGUGGAUCCGGACAUGGUGGCGGCGGCUAUGCCCCUUGAGAGCUAUAUUCUUAUCUAUACUAUUAAAAAUAACAUGGUCAAAUUGUGAUAAGCAGAUGUCUACUGCAUGAAAGCAAACUAAGAUUGUUGCAGCAAGAGAAGUGCUCUUAAUCUAUGGGCGCGCUUCUUUUUUAAAAUUUUAAUGUAAGAAAUAUGUUUAAUCAAAGAUGUGUUGUACAAUAUAUUAAAUUGGUGCAUUUAAUGUAUGAAAAUGUCUUGGCCAA